AUGAGAGAGUUUUCAGACUCUGAAAUAAGUGAAAUUACAGAAAUAAACUCUGAUGAUGAAUUACCUUCAGACUCUAUUGGAGACUAUUCUGUAAUAUCACUAAAGGGAAUACUUAAGGAAAUUAUAUCUUGUGGAAGUGGAUAUGAGAAGCCAGGUAUUGGUGAUGAACUCCUUAUUGAAUUGGAAAGCACUAACAUAUUGAGCUCUGACAAUAGUGACAAGAUUAAUACUGUUCAACAAAAAAAUGGAAAACUAAAGGUUACUUUAGGAGAUCAUUCAACAGAUGAAUAUUAUUCUACUAGAAAAAGAGAAAUUCCGUGGGGUAUUGAAAUGGCACUUAGAAAGAUGCUUAAGGGCGAAAAAUCCAAGAUUUUAAUUAAGAAAGGCUCAGUUUUUUCAAGGCCAAGAGAUUUAUGUGGCAAAAUUUGCGUAAAUUCUAUAAUACGUGUAGAAGAUUGUAAAAGUUAUAACAACAGAUCAAAAAAGUUAAUAAAUAUGAUAAAGAAAGAGGCCAAUGAGUUUGAUGUAUUUACAGUAACUUUACAUGAUUUUCACCAUAUUGAGAUGAUCUGUGACAAUGUCAAUAAGAAAGUUUGGAAAAAGGGAGUUUACUUAAAAUCUCCAAGCAAGAAGGACAAAGUGGAACUAUUUAUUUCCAAAUUGCAAAUUGGAAAGAUUUCGGAGAAUUUGACCAAUUCUUCAAGACUGUAUGAUAUGAAUUCUGAAUUUGAUCGUUUAAAGUUUUCCUUGAGUCUUGAUGAUUUAUCAGAAAUUAAUGAAUUAGUAAAAUAUAUCUUUGGAAAUGAAAGAAUUCAUGUGAAUGAUUUUAUUUACUGCAUCUUGUCCAUGAAACUUGGUGAGAUUUCAGAAUUUAGAUUUUACAACUCUAAUCAUGAGAAUAUUUCCAUAUUAAUUCAUUUGACUGGAUUUUACUGGGAAAAAAAUAUUCAAAUAAAACUCCCAUUUAAUAAGGAAAUUCAAAAUAAUAGUAUUAAAUUGUCAUCUUAUGAAAGUGAAUCACUUUAUACAACUAAUCCCAGUUUAAAAGAAGGAAAAUUGUCUUCUAAGAGGAUUUCAAGCUUAAAUUUGGAUCAUAAUACAAGAAUUAACAUUCUUUUAGAAAAAUUUACUUUGGUUGAUAAUAAUAAAGGAGAGAGAAUAGAACUUAGCCUACCUUUUAAAUCCACUAAAAACAUGAAAACUGCUUUACUAAAAGUUACUCCAGCCUUUUACAAUCUUCCUAUUUGGCUUGAACAAUCAAUUCUUUACUGUUCUCUUGGAGGAAAAUACACCAUUAAAAUCCCACUUUCAGUCAUUUUCCUUUUUCCUCCAACGGAAAUCCAAGCUGAUUCGAAUAUUGAAAUUCAAAAGAGAACCAAAUCCCUAAUUAUUUCCGAAAAUAAUAAUUUGUCCACAUUAAACUCAAAUGCAUGCAAUGAAAAUCAUGGUGAUGGGAAUUUGCAUGCGAUUUGGGAGGCGGGAAAAUUGAUUGAAGAACUUGAAAAUAUGGGAUAUGAGAUUAAUGAUAAUAUAGAAGAUAAUUUGGGGUUAAUUUUUGAAUUGGAUUUGUCAAUUUGUACAAGGGGUGUUGUUGAUAAUUAUAUUCCAGUAAGUUUAAGUACCACAAAGAUGGAAUUCGAAUAUUACUAUUAUUUGGGGAAUAUUCUUAAUAAUUAUAAUGAUUCAAUAUAUAAAGUAACUUGGAAUGUGCUAGCUUUGGAAGUGUUUGAUAAACUUCUUUAUGUAGUUAUUCUACUUCCAUUUUACUCAAAGUUAGCACAUUUUAGACAAUCUAAUGAUGUAAAAUUGAAAUUAUUGGAGAAGGAAAAUGCGAGUAAAUCUAUUUAUGAUAAAAAUAAUGUUGUCAAUAAUAAGAAUCAAAAUCAAAAGCUAAUAACCUUAAAAUAUGGUAACAGUUUGGUUGAAGAUAUAAGUGAAGAUUCGACAAAAUAUCAAGCAGAUUCAAUUCCAGUUUCUCAGGACGUCAUGAAUCACUUAGACCACCAAGAAAAGAGAGACCUAGAGAAUUUGAUUAAUGUAAUUAAUAUAAUGCUUAAGUUAUAUUAUGAUAUGCAGCAAUUUGAAAAAUGUUCCAAUUUACUUGAAAAAUACAAAUUUCUGAUGCAACUCAAAUCUAAUAAUUCUGAAAUUGCUGAAUUAUCUGCUCUUAAAAAUAACGAUUCUAAUGUUUGUGAAGUUAAAGACUUGAACUAA